AUGGGUUCAGACGCGGCGCCCGCGGUAUACGUGCCGUCGAGGACCGGCAAGUCGCUGCUGCUGCACGCCGGGUACACCUUCUACCUGAAGAACCUGCAGGCGCACGGGCGCAAGCAGUGGUACUGCUCGUCGCGCGACAUGGCCGGCUGCCGGGCUGACGUCAUCACGGCCCCCUCCCCCGCGGGGGAAGGCGACGUGCUGUUCCUGGUGCGCGGCCGCCACAUCCACGCGCCGCCCAGCUACUACUUCACGCCCGACGGCAAGUACGUGCGGCGGAAAGACGCCUACCAUAGACACAAUUACUCGAGUCGCUCCGUUCGCGAGUUUCAAAUAUUCCACGGGAUUCGUGGGCCCAUGAAUUGCGCAGUUGUGAUGGAUCAAUACGCCGUACAAAGUUAUGAAAGAAGAAACUUGGGGGAUGGUAUGGGCGUGCCCGGCUGUCUCCCGAGCUACAGCCUUGUUACGCCUCGUAUGCCC